AUGGCGAGAAGAAAUGUCCUCAUUACAGGUUGCUCCUCAGGGAUUGGACUGGCCUUAGCUGUAAAAAUGGCAAAAGAUGAACAGAAAAGAUUUAAAGUGUAUGCCACAAUGCGGAAUCUGGCCAAGAAAGAGCCACUUGAGGAAGCUGUGGGUCGCAGGCUGGGCAAAACCCUUGAAAUUAAACAACUGGAUGUCUGUGAUGAACAGUCAAUUAAAACUUGUGUGAAUAGUAUCCCUGACAGAAGAAUUGAUGUCCUAGUUAGCAAUGCUGGAAUGGGGCUCAUUGGACCUAUUGAAUGUCAGACCAUAGACGAAAUGAAAACUGUGAUGGAUACCAACUUCUUUGGACUGGUUCGACUCCUGAAGGAGAUUUUGCCUGACAUGAAGAGGAGAAAGAGCGGGCAUAUAGUUAUAAUAAGCAGUGUUAUGGGAAUACAAGGUAUCUUAUUUAAUGAUGUUUAUGCUGCAUCUAAGUUUGCUGUGGAAGGAUUCUGCGAAAGUUUAGCUAUACAAGCACUCAAGUUCAAAUUGCAAUUAAGUUUGAUUGAACCAGGCCCAGUGAUUACAGAGUUUGAAAGAAAAGUGUUUGAAGAUGGAAUGAAAAUGGAUCUUUCAGCUGCAGAUAAGGAAACAGCUGAGAUGUUUACUAAUAUUUACCUUAAAAAUUACAAACAAAUUUUCCAGAGCCUGGGACAAAGUGCUGAAGAUGUUGCAGAGCAUACAGUAAAGAUAAUUCUUGCAGAAAAUCCACCUUUUCGCCAUCAGACCAACACCUUGUAUACACCAAUGACAACCCUGAAAUAUGCAGAUCCAAAUGGAGAUCUACCCAUUGAUAUAUUCUACAAAAUGGUUUUUCAUCAUGACAAAAUCUUCAGUGCAAGUCUUAACUUUAUCAAAUUGCUAAGGUGGAGGAGUAGAAAGAGCUUUGACCUGGGAAAACCCUCACAAUAA